AAAUAUCCUCACUCGGGUUUGCUGUCUUCCAUUCAUCUCUAAAUAUAUUGAAAGUCAAUGGUGUCCUCUAGACAAUGUUGUGGACUUCUUUUUGCUCUCAAGGCAACCUUUGCUGGCCUGGCCGCCAUUGCUGGCUUGAGCUAUCAGGCCUACUUGGUUUAUACCCUCUAUGGACCUGAUCUCAGACUGGCGCCUGUUAUUAUCCCUCCUCCAGGAACUGCAGACGCUUCGCUUUGCUUCCACGAUGUUGCCAGUGGAAAGGCCAGACUUGAGCCUCCUCCAGGAACCUUUUGGUUUGGCUUCUCUCUUGAUUGGAGCGUUGAUGUUCCCGACCAGCUCAACAAACGUAUUGGAAAGGCUCCAGUUAUUUUCAACUCAUUUGUGAAUAUCAAUGCUACUGGGUUCCAGUCUGAUAUUAUUAUUUGGAAUGCCCAGCAGGCUGGACAGGUUGGAGCUAUGCUAGAACUUACUCUUAUGCCAACUGCUCCCAUUGACACCAUUCCUACGACUAUUCUCUGGAGCUACGCUACACUUAUGCGUCAAAUCAACUCUCAAUAUGGUGUUCCUGUUUUGCUUCGUUUUGGGCAUGAGAUGAAUGGACCAUGGAUGACCAAUCAUGGCAUGCGUCCCAGAGCAUAUGUUCAGGCAUUUGCUACACUGUCGUCAUAUGUUCGUGCCAACACCAACAUGACUGCUAUGUUGUGGUCACCCAACAUUGGUAACUCUUAUCCAUUUGGUGCUGUUCCUGGUCAGGAUCCCACCCCUGCAGUUGGAACUGCUGAAUUUGCUGCUCUUGAUACCAACAAAGAUGGCCAGUUGACCAUACUUGAUGAUCCCUAUGGACCCUAUUACCCAGGAGAUGAAUGGGUUGAUUGGGUUGGUGUUUCUGUAUACAAUUACCUCUACGACAACAAUCAUCAGAUUGCUCCUAUUGCUGUGGACGUCCUGACCACUCCCGGUGAAGUAUCGCUUACUGGAGCCGACGCCAUGCACAACUUUUAUCAGCGUUUCCCAGGAACAUCUCACAAGCCUUUCAUCUUAUCUGAAACUGGUUCUGCCUAUCAAACUGGAGGUGGACAAGUCGUUCCUGCUGGAGAUCAGACUCAAUUUGAAAUGGUAUCCAAGCGAUCAUGGUGGAAUGCCAUUCUUCACACCGCAGUUGGUGCCGGAGCAGCAAUGCCAAAACUAUUCGCAGCGGUUUGGUUUGAAGAGCAAAAGCGAGAACCAGACAGCAACUUGGCCAAUGUUGACACCUGGCGUGACUUUAGAAUCACCUUUAACACAACAGUUCGCAAUCAAUUCGUGACUGAUGUAAAUGCUCUCGGCACUCAACUCGACUGGGCUGGCUCUCUGUCCGUCAAGUGCAAUGGUGAAAUCUCUAUCAAGACCUGAUUAAAUAGCUAAAGCCUGUAUAGAGAGACGGAUGAAUCAACAGCUUUUAUCUUGUUGUUUCUUUGCAUCUCUGGCUUGGUUUCUUGGUGUUGAUAUUUUAACCCCAACUAUGCAUGGUCUGCACUACAACCGUAUUCACAUAAAAUGGAACAUUUGUAUCUAUUUGCAGUCACUGCCUUUUUUGAUUUGAAAUAAACAAUAGUUGAAUAUUUUUACUUUUUCAC